AUGCCUCGUACAAAGAAUCUCAACCCUCGUCGUUCAAUAGAACAGCCGUCAAGUUCGUCAUUUUUUGCACCAGUGCAUCGGCCAGCGGAUACGGCUCCUCGUCGUCGGCGAUAUCGGCCAGGUACAAGAGCCCUGCAAGAAAUUCGGAAGUAUCAGGCAUCUACCGACUUUCUCAUACCAAAGCUUCCGUUUGCUCGAGUUGUUCGCGAAAUUACACAACGGUUCUGGCCAAGAGAUGCAGGAGUUCGUUAUACAGUAGAAGCCUUGUUUGCUCUUCAAACAGCAGCUGAAGCUUAUUUAGUUGGCUUGUUUGAGGACGGAUUAUUAUGUGCAAUUCAUGCAAAGCGCGUGACCCUCCAAGUAAAAGAUCUUCACUUAGCGAUGCGCAUCCGUGGAAGGGGGACGCUGACACAGCAAUAUUGA